ACUUAACCAAUUACCAGGAAACUCAAACAACACUACCACGAUUUUUUCUUUUUCCUAGAAACACGCAAAGCUUAAUAUGGCUUGAAUAAACCUAAAUCUAUGUAUAUAUGUGAGAAGCAACAACUCCAUUGUAUCAUAUUUCUCACUCGUAAAUUCUCACAUUUCUGUCAAAGUUCCAAAAACUUGAUGAACAAAAACAUCCUUAAUAAUAUGAGUGUCAUGAAAAGAAAAAGAGAAGAUUAUGGGCUAGUGGAAGCAGAAGCUAUGGCUAACUGCGCCUUAAUGCUCUCGUCUCGUUCGAGUGCGUCAUUUGAUGGAGACAAUUUGAAUAGUUUCAAAUGCAAGACAUGUAAUAAACGGUUCUCGUCAUUCCAAGCUCUGGGUGGUCAUCGUGCAAGUCAUAAUAAACGACCAAAAUUACUUGGAGAUUUUCUUAUUCAAGCCAAAAAGAACAUGUUGCAUAAAUGCUCUAUAUGCGGUAUGGAGUUUUCUUCAGGUCAAGCCUUAGGUGGACAUAUGAGAUGUCAUCGUGAGGAAAUUAAUAAAACGGUUAUACCAGUGUUGAAGAAGUCAAAUAGCAGCAAGAGAAUAUUUGGCUUGGACUUGAACUUGACCCCUCAUGAUGAUGACGACGAUGUUGAUCUGAAGUUAUGGCCGACGGCACCAAUUUCAUCUCCAGUUUUACGAAUCUUUAUUUAGGUCCCCCUUUCAUUGUUGAUAUUCGUGUAGGAUUUGGAGAACAGCCUUAGUUGAUUUAUUAAUUCUUUUUAGGUGUAUACUGCAUUAUAUUCAUUCUUUGUAUAUAUAUUUCCUAAAUUCCAUUGAUUUUACUUUCUUAA